ACGAUAUCGCAUCCACCCCGUUGCCAUCAGUUCGACAUCACGACAAACGACGAGCACCAGACCUCCUUGUAUAUCGGUUACUUGAGAGGGCGGAAGCUACACAACAGACACGAUGCCUUCCGAAAGUGGUCACAGAUUAUACGUCAAGGGACGUCACCUGAGCUACCAGCGCUCUCGUAACAUCACCCACCCUGGCACCAGCCUGAUCAAGAUCGAGGGUGUUGACAGCACAAACGCUGCCAACUUCUACCUCGGCAAGAAGGUCGCCUUCGUCUACCGUGGCCAGAAGGAGAUCCGCGGCACCAAGAUCCGCGUGAUCUGGGGCAAGGUUACCCGACCUCACGGUAACUCCGGCGUUGUCCGCGCCAAGUUCGCCAAGCCUCUUCCCUCAAAGUCUUUCGGUGCUUCCGUUCGCGUCAUGCUGUACCCCUCGUCGAUAUAAAUAGGAUUUCGGAUUGGAGUUGGUUGUGAGGGCGGUUCUCAUUUGGUUGCAUUGGUCGAGGCAAGGAUAAAGCAUAUCGCCUUGCUUUGAGGCUUUAAAUCAAAAAGACGUCAAAUUCCCAACUUCGAAAGGUUCUUGGGCAUCUGUGACUCGACGUAUGUGGCAGAAAAUUUUGCGAACUGCAAAAAUGGAGACUCGAAACGAAACGAACUGAGGCUAUGGCAGACCAAUUCUUCUUCUUUCUUCUUUUUCCCCCUCCAAAAAUUGGCGCCUGUCUUGUUACUCGGUCUCUGGGCUUUUUUUUGUCGUGUAUCCAUCCAGCAAGAACUGCCUAUCUCAUGAUGGCUUGCAAUUCAAAGGAAUUGCGCAUAAAAAAAACAAAAC